CUAGAGUCCAAUACGUCAUCUUUAACGAAACCAGAGAGAGUCCAUGGUAUUUUUACGGCCAUUAGAUUAAUCUUAGAAAAUGUUGAUAUCUCACAAUGCUAUUCCGAAGAAUCUUUCAAACUCAAAGUAUUCGAAAUGAUUAUAGAGAAAGUUCUGAUUCUUUGGGAUAUAACAAAACCAACUCUUUCAAAUUCAAAGGAUUCAGCAAGUAACAGUGGAGUUGAUGCUGAAGAUGAAGAAUUUUCAAUGACUUCAGAAGAUCGCAUUAGACUUCGAUUUAGUUGGAAAGCAGUAAAAGAGUCAACAACCCUCUUGGGAACUAUACUACAGGCAUGCUUCUGCUCAAAGUCCAACUCCACAAAAUUAGCCGAUAACUUCUUUAUCAAAAGUGCAAACAUAAUUAUGGAUCAAUUGUCUUCUGUAAGUCACAGAGGUGCCUUCUCAUCAAUUUACCCAACAUUUGUAUCAGUAUGUGAAAUUUUCUUAAGAACAGAUUCUUUGAAAAAUUAUCCUUCUUCUUGGUUAAUAUCAAGUAUUGAGUUAAUUCAAUCAAAAAGUCAGUACAUCUCGAGAAGAUCUGGCGGCUUACCAUAUCUCAUUACUGGUGUUCUUACUGCUGAAAAAGUGAUGGGCGAAUCAUUGUCAUCAUCGAUGGAUAUGACAUUCAAAAAUCUACUUCAUAUUGCUCAAUUAGAGUAUAUUCCAAAUGCAGAUGAGAAAAUGGAUAUACCUCAAGUUCAUGCCUUUAAUUGUAUGAAACAUAUAUUCAUUGAUUCUCAGUUAGCCAACAGAAGUAAUGUUUAUGUCAAAGAGGCCCUUAAAUUGACAUUAUUCAACUUUAAUAAUGCCACCUGGGCAAUCAGGAAUUGUGCUAUGAUGUUAUUCACAGCAUUGCAGAAUAGAGUUUUCGGUACAAAGAAACUAGGUGACUUUUUACCUUCAACUCCAGCCAGAUCAUUUUUUGCCAAAUAUGACGGUGUUGAUAACAUAUUAUAUGAUCUUCUCCAUGAGGCAGUGAAUAAUAAUGAUGGAAAGUCCGAUAAGUUCGAGGUAAUAUUCCCUAUAUUGACUAUAAUAUCGAGAUUGGAGAGCUCUGGUACUGAUGAGACGUCUCGUUUUGAAAAUCUUUUGAUGGAUAAUUGCUUAGGUAACAAUUAUUGGAAAGUCCGGGAAAUGGCUGCAAGACUGUUAGCUUCGAUAUUACACCCAAAUGCUUUAUUAAACACUGCCAGGAAAUUAAUGAGCGAAUGCGAAGAUAGUUGCAAAUCAUUUAAUAAAGCUCAUGGGAACUUAUUAGCAAUUUUGGAAAUAAUAAGAAGAAUUAAAACAAGACUUCCAAACCAUUGUGUUGAUUCAGAUUUCAAGGGACAGAUUUGCUCAAAAGUUACUUUGUUUUUGAUGUACCUGACAACGUUUUCAUGGGUUACCUCCAAGACAUACGUGGAGAUCCUUCACGAAUUAUCCGAAGAUAGCGAGCCAGAAAGAAUGCCCCAUGUUCUCUUGAAUAUUAUAGGUAACUUUAUUAUUGGAAGUCUCCUAUCAGCCAAUGCUCAUGAUCGGUUAAACGGUAGCAGGCGCUUAACGUUAAGCUCCUUGACAUCAGUAUUAUUGAAUGGUUAUAAGAAGAUGAAUAUGUGCGAUGAGAUUAUAGACUUGAUAGCUCUAUUGUUUUCAUGUGUUGAUGAAUAUGAAGUGCAGCUAGUAGCCAUAAAUUUUUGCAAUGAAAACAUUGACAUGCUUAUCAAUAACUCCAAUACGCCAACCUUGAUGGAUGAGUUAUGGAAUCUCGUUAAUAAUAAAGAUUGUUGGAGCCACAUUCGCUCACAUGCUUUGGGUUUAGUACAAGUCUUUUCUACAAAAAACAUAUCUUUCCAAAAACAUGAAAAUGCAAUUAAUACAUUGUAUUCUUUCACAUCCAAAGCCUAUAGUGAAGAUGUUAAUUCUAGGGCUCUAGAUGCUUUAGGCCCGGUAGUGGCUCAAAUGGGAUCCGAAAAUACCAAUCAAUUCUUGGAUCUUUGUGAAAAUUUCAUUGAAGAUUCAACUCCCUUUACAAUUCGAUAUUCCGCUGUACACGCAAUCACUCAAUUUGGUGUCAUCUCCAUUAAACAAGGAAAGUUUAAUUUAUAUUCCGCAAGAGCCAUUUGUAUUAUCCACAACUCUUUGAGCGACGAUGACGAGGAUAUCAGAAACAUAGCGGCCGAUUCAUAUCGCUUGAUCUUCGAAACUCCCUAUAAACAAGUUCCUUCAAUAAUAUCAAAUUUAUUAUCUACCACUUUCCUAGAAUUAUUCCCUUCGGAUAUAACUGAAAGAGUUUUAGUUGACUAUUUCAUCCGCUCAAAGCCUGAAAUUUCCUAUAGAAUCACUGAAACCGAUCUACAAACUGACGACCUGCCAUUUGAUGUUGAAAGUUUGAACCUAUACCGAGACGAUAUUUCAAAGAGAUUGCAAAUAAUCAGAUCCAUUAUAAAAGUAAACAACAUUUCACCAUUAUCCGCACAAUCAUUGAAUGCAUUGAAAACCAAAAUCUUAAAUGAUUUAGACUUGAUCUAUCUGUUUGCAAUAAAGAGAGGUAUGGAUGGUUACGUUGGUUGGUCUAAAGACGAUUUCGUCUUCACUUCCACUACAGAAACCGUUUUGGAUGCAAAAAUGUUUUUGAACUUGACUGAUGACAUUGACGUGGUGACUAAGCUCGAAAACGUAAUGAAUCUUUUGAAACUGCACGAUUUGAAUCUCUCUAUUAAAAGGUUAACUAAUUCUUGUAAAUAGCUGCAAAAUAUAGACUA